AGAGCGCUCUCGAGAGCUAGGCGGUUCGGUUGUUCGCUGAACAGACGCGACGAAACCGAUGAGGACGGAGACAGUUCUCUGUGUGGAUUAAUAGUGGACGUUUAUUUUUGUUUUACUUCGUUAAAAAAGCAAACAAACAAACAAACAAAAAAACUACAGAAAGUCCGGUAGCACCAGGCCUUAAACGUUAAAAAGGUCUCUGACUGCCAGGACUCGGUAUCCCAUAAUGGACAGCAUGUGUAGCACAGCCAUACCCACAUCUUGCGUAUAGAGGAAGUUGCGUGACCAACAUGUCCUCUCAGCCACAGCCUUUACCUCAGAGCCGCAGGGCUACAGACGCCCGCCACCUGCCAAGCCCCGCCAGCCUGCCGCUGCAGCUGACUCGAGCCCAUACGGACGUCAGCAUGAUGGACUACCACCCUCGGGACUACAGCUCCCACCUGGCCCAUGGAGCCCUGACCCAACCCCACCGCCGCAGACCCUCCCUGCUCUCGGAGUUCCAGCCUGGGAGUGAGAGAGGCCAGGAGCCCCAUGUCCGAUACGAUCACAUCUACCUGCAGGAGGCCAACAGCCAAUCGGAGAUGGAAUACUCUGAGAUAAAACGCCCUCGCAUGGAGUUAGGGCCGGACCCACUCCUGCGCCACCCGCCCCACCGCCCGCCUCUCUCGCUGGGCGGUGUUGAGGACAUGACAAAGGAGCGUGGUAGCAGCAGUGCGAUGGGGAAGAUUGAGCCCAUCUCUCCAGUCAGUCCUGCUGUCCUGGAACCUGAUCUGGACCUGGUGCCCACACGCUUCUCCAAGGAAGAGCUCAUUCAGAAUAUGGACCGUGUGGACCGCGAGAUCACCAUGGUCGAGCAACAAAUCUGCAAACUGAGGAAAAAGCAGCAACAGUUGGAAGAGGAGGCAGCGAAGCCGCAGGAGCCUGAGCGCAGUAUGUCCCCCCCACCCAGCGAGGCUAAGCACCGCAGCCUAGUACAGAUCAUCUACGACGAGAAUCGGAAAAAAGCAGAGGAGGCUCACCGUAUCCUGGAGGGACUGGGACCCAGAGUGGAGCUGCCACUGUAUAACCAGCCAUCUGAUACAAAGCAAUACCAUGAGAACAUCAAAAUAAAUCAGGCGAUGAGGAAGAAGCUUAUUCUGUACUUCAAGAGACGAAACCAUGCUCGCAAACAAUGGGAGCAGAAGUUUUGUCAGCGUUAUGACCAGCUUAUGGAGGCCUGGGAGAAGAAAGUGGAACGUAUAGAGAAUAACCCUCGCCGCAGAGCCAAGGAGAGCAAGGUCCGAGAGUACUACGAAAAACAGUUCCCAGAGAUCCGCAAGCAGAGAGAGCUGCAGGAACGCAUGCAGAAUAGAGUGGGCCAGCGUGGUAGUCUGGCUUCAGCAGCACGGAGUGAACAUGAGGUGUCUGAAAUCAUAGAUGGCAUUUCAGAGCAAGAGAACUCGGAGAAGCAGAUGCGUCAGUUGGCAGUGAUCCCGCCCAUGCUGUUCGAUGCAGAGCAGCAGAGAAUAAAGUUCAUUAAUAUGAACGGCCUGAUGGACGACCCUAUGAAGAUCUACAAAGACAGACAGGUCAUGAACAUGUGGAGUGACCAGGAGAAGGACACCUUCCGUGAGAAAUUUAUCCAGCACCCAAAGAACUUUGGCCUGAUAGCGUCUUUUCUGGAAAGAAAGACGGUAGCUGAGUGUGUGCUUUUCUACUACCUGACAAAGAAGAAUGAGAACUAUAAGAACAUUGUGCGGAGAAAUUACCGCCGCAGAGGCCGCAGCCAGCACAACCAGCAGCAGCAGCAGCACAACCAGCAGCAGCAGCAGCACAACCAGCAGCAGCAGCAGCAGCAGCAGCAGCAGCAGGUGAGCCGCGGCAGCCAGGAGGAGAAGGAGGACAAGGACAAGGAGGCAGAGCGAGACGAGGACAAACCCGAGGGAGACGACAAGGAGGACGCCAUGAAAGAUGACACGUCAGGAGAGGACGGGGAGGAGAAGGAGCCCCCGGUGGUUAAAGGUCGUCGCACGGCGAACAGCCGAGGACACCGCAAAGGCAGGAUUACCCGCUCCAUGGCCAACGAGCAAGAAGAGAGCAGCUCCCCUCCACUUAGCAGCGAACUGGCAAAUCUGGAGAUGAAUGAAAGCUCGCGUUGGACAGAAGAGGAAAUGGAGACAGCCAAGAAAGGACUCCUCCAGUAUGGCCGCAACUGGUCAUCCAUCGCCAAGUUAGUGGGCUCCAAAACAGUGUCCCAGUGCAAGAACUUCUACUUCAACUACAAGAAGAGACAGAAGCUCGACGAGAUUCUCCAACAGCAUAAAAUGAGAUCGGAGCAGGAGCGUAAGACCAGACGUAAGGGUAAGGCUGUGCAGAGCGAGGAGACCAGUGCACCCUCUGCUGCUGAUGAGGAGGAGAUGGAGGGGUCAGGGGUCAGCGGCAAUGAAGAAGAGGCGCAAGAGGAUGGAGAGGGAGUCCCAAACAACAGCUCAGACACGGAGAGCCUGCCCUCGCCACGCCCACUGGAGGGCAACAAGGUCAAAGAAGAGAGCACGUGCCGCUCCAAAGCUGGUCCCAGCACAUCGUCUUCGUCCUCCUCUUCCUCGGAAAAGGAAUCAUCGGCCCUGGGGCAGGCACCGGAGGAGAAGCCCCCCCCUGUCAAGGUGGAGCAGGGCGGCGUGAAGGUGGAGAGGAUGGAGGGGCCACAGGAGAUGCAGGCGGAGGAUAAGAAGCCCCCUGCCCUGGAGACGGAGGAGGGGAAGAGAGAGGUCAGGAAGAAGGAGCAUGGGGUCAAAGGUGGAGCACAGGACAGCGAUUCCAGUGCCACCUGCAGCGCUGAUGAGGCUGAGGAGACAGACAGCGCCGAGAAGAGCAGGCCCACUCUGCUGAACUAUGCCCAUGAUGGCGUGAUCUCCACCGGACUGCAGAAACCACUCGACCUCAAACAGCUCAAACAGAGAGCAGCUGCCAUACCUCCCAUAAUGCCGGAUGUUUCCCUAGCAGGGUCUGGUGGACUGAGUCGGCAGCAGCAGACGAUGCCACAUGCUCUGGCCCUCUACCAGCAGCAGAUCACCAUGGCACACGAAUCCUCCCAGGAGGCCAAGCAGCCACCUCCACAGCCAAUCAAAUCACAUUACCCUGGCGGCGAGGCUGGCAGCCCCCGGGACCGGGUCAAAAGCCCAGCCCCCUCUGAGCGAGAGAGAGAGGAACUGGAGGGGAAGGAAAGAUGGCUACACACUCUGCUGCAUGGAUUACACAAGUCCCGGACGUUCUCCCCUCUUGCUGACAUUAAGAAGGGCCCAGUCUCAGAUGAUGUCAGAGCUGUCAACCGGCCUGUGAUGUCACCAUACCAGCUGUCUCCCAGAGAUGUGGCUAAGCUAAGCCACGAACAGCUACUACACUACACCUCUCUCCAACAGCAGGAGAGGUUGGCUGCUGUUAGGCCUCUCCCCAUCCCUGAUCCACCUCCUCUCAUCUCCUCGGCCAAACCAGGAGGCUCUAUCACACAGGGUACUCCAGUACAGAUGCACAGCCCAGCCCAUGGCUCGGAGCACGCCAAACAUUCUGCACCUCUCCCUCUCUCCUGGAUGGAGCAGAGGAAGCUUGGUGGCUUCCCAGUGGUGAAACAAGAGCAACUGUCUCCACGUAGCUCCUCCACCUCUCAGGCUGAGAAUCUCUCCAUGCAGGCUACAGCCCAUGACAGCCCCUCAACCCGUGCGCCUAUGCCAGCUGUACAGGGAGGUAGCAUUACUAAAGGUCUCCCCGGCACACGUGUGCACCAAGAACCUCCUAUAUCAUACCGUGGUGGCUCCAUUACUCAGGGCACCCCAGCUGACGUGCUGUAUAAGGGUACCCUCACUAGGCUGAUCACAGAGGAGAGCCCCAGUAGGGACAGGGGCCGAGAGGAAACACCCGCCAAGGGACAAGUCGUUUACGAGGGCAUCGGUGCUCACAUUCUCACCUAUGAACGGACUCCAAACCCCAAGGAGGAGGGCAGGGCAGAGGCCCUUGGUCUCAAACGCCCCUAUGAUGUCAUGGAGGGGGGCAUCUCCCGAGCACUGCCCUUACGCGACGCUCUCACCACUGCAGAGGGUCUGAUUGGCAGAGCGAUGCCCCAGGAGAGAGAGAGCCCUCAUCCACACCACAUACGGGGCUCCAUCUCACAGGGCAUCCCACGUCAUGUGGAGGCCCAGGAUGAGUAUCUGCGGCGAGAGGCCAAGCAGUUGAAGCGUGAGAGCUCUCCCCCCACUCGCGGCUCUGCCCUGGGCCCUGACCCCCUUAAGGGCCGUUCCCACGAGAGCAUGGUGCCCACAGUGAAAGAGGGCGGACGCUCGAUCCACCUCAUACCACCAGAGGGCGUGCUGAUGAGCAAGCAGCCAAAAGAGGGCUCAAUCACGCAGGGCACACCCCUCAAGCAGGAGCCAACUGCCUCCACCAAGCGUCAUGAUGUACGCUCCAUAAUCGCCAGUUCCCCGCGCCCCCCCUAUGCUGGGCUGCCCCCCCACCUGGACCUGCGGCCCGAGCAUCGGGCGUCCGACCGCGGCCGCUAUGAGGACGUGAGCCCCAAAUCCCGGCCCAGCGCCGUAGUGAGCACCUCCAGCUCCCUUGCCCGUGCGUCUCCCCUGGCCCUGGGGCCAGAGCAGGGCUCCAAGGCCCACCACAGCCCCGUGGGCUACGAGGAGUCUAAGAGAACCAGCUAUCCAGCACCGUCACACAGAGGAUCACCGCUGUCCAGCAGAGAGACCCCACAGAGGACGCAUGAAGGCUCUGCUAAGGUUCCUCAGCAGGAGAGGAAAUCUACUCCCACUCCUCGGGAGAUGGGCUCCACAAAGUCGCCCCUGCCGGGUGUGCCUGACCACCCAGCCUCCCUGGCCUCCUACGAGAGGCUACUACAGGGCUUAGGAGCAGACAUGUACCGUGGCCAAAUCCCUCUGCCCUUUGACCCCUCUGCCCUGCCACGGGGCAUCCCCAUAGAUCCAGCUGCCUACUAUCUGCCCCGGCACCUGGCUCCUGCCCCGGGCUACCCCCACCCCUACUCCCCAUACCUGAUCCGGGGCUUCCCUGACACGGCGGCCCUGGAGAAUCGGCACACGCUCUUCACUGACUACAUCACCUCCCAGCAGAUGCAUCAGUGGCCAGCAACUGCCAUGGCCCAGAGACCAGACCUGCUACGAGGGCUCACACCCCGGGAGCAGUCCCUCACCCUGCCCUAUUCACCCACACCGCGGGGGGCGUCUGCAUCACCCAUGGACCGCAUUACAUACAUCCCAGGAACGUCCAGCACCUUCCAAAGCCGAGCCUACACCACCUCCCCGAUCUCACCAGUUGGAGCCUCUCACAUAAGCAAACUCCAGGGCACUUCCGCGUCGUCCGAGCGAGAGCGCGAUCGGGAGAGAGAGCGAGAGCGCGAUCGGGAGAGAGAGCGCGAGCGGGAACGGGAGAGAGACCGGGAAAGAGAGAGGGAAAGGGACCGCGAGAGAGAGAGAGAACGAGAGAGGGAGCGAGAGCGUGAUAGAGAGAGGGAAAGAGAAAAGUCUCUCAGCCAUGGCAACGUGGAACACGCUCCCAUUUGGAGACCUGGAGCUGCUGAGCAGACUGGCAGCAGCAGUUCCAGCUCGCGUCCAGCCUCCCUCCUGUACGGCCACCAGGCGUCGCCACUGAGCCCGCGGCCCCAGGAGAGCUUGCAGCAGAGACCCAGUGUGCUCCACAACACCAGCUCCAAGAGCCUGUCCGGCGCAGAGCACGCCAGCCCCUCCGUGCUGCGGUCAGUGCCACAGGGCUCCUCACGCUACCAGGCCUACAGCGGGCCCCUGCAGAGGGCGGGCGUGCCCACAGAUACCUACCCGGCAGCUCCAGAUCCUGGCAUGGCCAAAGAGCUCAGCAGGGAGGGAUCCAAGAGCCAAAGCCGUGGAGCUCUGACCAAGCACCAGGAGCUCUCCUCAUCCAAGAGCGAGUCCAAGAGGGCCAGCCCCAGCACGGCCCAGUGUUACCCAUCUCCCUACGGCCCAGCUGCCACCACCCACAUCGGCCUAGCUCCGGUCCGAGGGCUCCCCUUGCUGACUCUGGAGAGUAGCAGCACUCCGGUGGCGGGCCGCGGCGGAGAGAGUGUCGUCAGCACACCUAGUAGGGAAAAGGCUCAAAACAAAGCGAUGUCCAUACAGGAACAAGACUUCCGUGCACUUGGUAAGGCCACCAUGACAGCAGCCAGCUUCAUAAAUUCCAUUAUCAUGCGUGAAAUUUCUUGUGAUACAGGGAUGCCAGGGACUGGUGCGGUUGGGCCCAACGGCACCUGUGAUGCUCAACAGAAGGCUCUGGAACAGCACGGGCUGUAUGUGCCUCCGGAGGAGAGACUGUCCCCCAGCCAGCAGUCUGCAUCUCCUGCCAUAAAGGGCUCCCAAAGAGUUGUCACCCUUGCCCAGCACAUCAGUGAGGUGAUCAAGAAGGACUAUCUGCGCCAGUCUCAGCAGGGCCAUGCAGGGAGCCAGUCAGGCGGCCAGCCGGCACUGCAGUCUGUGUUUGCCUACAACAGCUCACCCGUGCUGGACCUCACUCGCCCUCCCAGCGCCCCUCAAGCCCAGACACCCUCUGAAGCCAGCGCCUCCGCCCACUACACCCCCGACAGCUCCAUGUGUGACAGAGACAGGAUGAGAGACAGGUCUCCUCCUCAAAGUAAAGUGUCCCCAGUGAGUCUGUCUGCUGAAUGCAUUGAGCCAGUCUCACCAGCAGGGGGCGUGUCUGAGCCAGAGUCCCAGGGAGCGACCUGCCCUGGCGAUCAAGCAGAGCAGGGACUGGGGUCGCACUCUCCUUCCAGCUCCCAGCCACCCGCCUUCUUCAGCAAACUGACCGAGAGCAACUCUGCCAUUGUCAAGAGCAAGAAAGAGAUGAUCAAGAAGAUGGUGGUUGGCAGUGAGGCUGAAUUCAACGCUGGCCAGCCUGGGACAGAGAUCUUCAACAUGCCUGCCUCCACCACCGCAGGGCAAGUAAAUGUGCGCACUCAUCCGCCUCCUGACACCAGUGGGAACACCAUUGGUCUCGAAGCCAUCAUCCGCAAAGCCCUCAUGGGCAAAUAUGAUGACCAGGCAGAUGAGCGCUCGCCCACCAACACCCUUACCUCACUGAGUGCCACAGCGCCCCCUGCUGCUUCUGCUGCGGAAGACUCCUACUCGCUGCCUGGUAAACCAAAGAGUGGAGGGCGUUCCAAUGGCCGAAAGACCAAGUCUCCUGGUCCUGGUCUGUCUGGGGGAGAGAGACCCUCCUCCGUCUCAUCUGUCCACUCUGAGGGAGACUGCAACCGUCGCACCCCUCUCACCAGCAGAGUGUGGGAGGACAGACCCUCAUCUGCAGGCUCCACACCCUUUCCCUGUAACCCCUUCACCAUGCAGAUGUGUCUGCCCAGCGGAGUGAUGCCCGGCCCCUCUCCCUCACCCACCCACCCUGGCCACGCUGGCCCUGCCCAGGGCCGCACCUGGGACGAAGAGCCGAAACCGCUGCUCUGCUCUCAGUAUGAGACGCUGUCAGACAGCGAGUGAGCGCGCGCAUGCCCGCGCGCACGUGCACGCACACACACUUUUUUUCCAGCUUGUUUAAAGAGUUGUUCUUACACACACACACACACACACACACACACACACACACACACACACACACAUUCUCACGAAUAGAGCAACACGAAAUCAUUGAUAUAAAUACUUGAGAGCGCGC